CGAAUCUGUUCUCUGCGGGGUUCAUAUGGGGUACCUUCCCAAUAAGCAAGCUACUGUAAACAAAGUGUUAGGGUAGUGGCCUGGUCAGCUGUUCACGGAAUCUGUACUGGAAUCUUUCGGAUGUACAGGCUCUGCGUAGGCAACGCGUCCGAUUGGUACCGAACGAAAACGAGUUUGAGUACUAGAUCCCAGUCUUCGUCGGUUCCAACGGGAAAAGCCCACUUUCGGGAGAAGCGUCGUCAUGUUUUCGAAACUCAUUCCCAACUUACAGAGCCUUCGAAUCAUUCAUUACUUGUGAAGCAUUAAGAGUGAACGAACUACCAACUGCCAUCAAAGCAUUCCUAUACACACACACACAAAUACAAACACACAUCAUGCCAAUCAUAACAACAACACGACGCAAGCGUAGAUCCAUAAAGCCAUUCCAGCAACGCGAGACCAUGAAACCUACCGGCCCUUCCGUGUUCGGCCCCCGGUCGAACAAACGCACCCUGUCGUCUUUCUUGAUCCUGUUCAUUGGUGUUAUGCUCUCGAUUGCAGCGGUUGACAUUUGGUCUAGACGACGGCUGUCCACAAGCUCUGAUCAACAAGCGUUUCGAACGAGUGUUUCUACCAACCAGCACCAGAAGAGCUUCGAGCCAUGGUCUACAGGGCUCGCAGCCAAGCAAAGCUUUGGCUUCUUUGACGAUAUUGGAGAUACAGCCUGGAGUCGGAUGCGGAACAAUGCUGUCAAUUUUCAGCAGUACCGCAAACCCCAAAAACCCGAUACUGGCAACGAGGACCCUUGGAGGUGGUAUAUCAAUAACUUGGAGCCGGACUUUUCUUGUCCUCACGCAGCUCGAGUAGGAGGACAUGGAGACGGUCCAAAGUGGGUCUGUGACCCUCAUCGCUUGCAAGCGAAAGACGAUUGUCUGAUCUAUUCCAUUGGAAGUAGCGGAAACUAUUUGUUUGAAGACAGCUUGUUGGGCCUUGCGGGGAAAGGGCAAUGUGAGAUCCAUGUCUUUGACUUUGGCGACUUUGAUCGUCCUGAGAAUGCAGACAACAGAAUUUUCUACCACCCCUGGGGAUUGGGAAGUAGUUAUGAUGAUGUGUACAGUGACAGGAUCAAGAAGAUUGCUGGUGAACAGGAAGUCUUGACGUUUCAAGAAAUUCUUCGCCGACUGAACCACGAGAAUCGAACCAUCGACCUCUUCAAGAUAGACUGUGAAGGCUGUGAAUGGAGUAGCUACAAGGACUGGAUUGAUAAAGACCUUCGUCAGAUACAAAUUGAGGUGCACGGACUGCCGUCUGCUAGGUCAGGUAUCAGCGGAUCGGAUUUCUACAACUCCUUCCGCAACAACUCGUUUGCCAUGUUCAGCAAAGAGCACAACCAAUUCACCAAAAGUUGCUACGAACUCAGUUACAUCAAACUGUCGAAGGACUUCUGGGAAACGAAUUAG